ACAGUUCAAUUGCAUAUACUUGGCCGCAAUCUACCAUAAACCAGAGAGGAAAUAUGUCGUGGCUUUUGAAAAGAUGGCUUUUUCCCCCAGAGGAAAAGUCAUCAUCACCAGCCGCGCCAUCCACCGCGACGACGGCAACGGUAGAAAAUAACGACACAACCAAACAACAUCAACAGCAGCAACAACUUUCUCCCACAAAUACCAACACCAACAAACCACCCCCCUUAAUUCCAAACAACGCCAAACUCCUCCUUAGCGGCCUAAUCUUCUUCUCCCUUUCCGCCCUCAUAACCCGCCGCGCCCUAAUCCGAAAACACCUCUCAGCCCGCCCACCAUUCUACACAACUUCCAUGUGGCACAACCCCACCGUGAGCGGCGGAAUGGACGCCUUUGAAGCACUCAAUAUCGCGACUAUAAAUACAUUGUCGAUUGCAAUGAUUGCGGCGGGCGCGACGUUUGUUGUUAUGGAUAUUGAUUCGGUGGAGAGUGCGAGGAGGAGGUAUAGAGAGAAAAUGGGGUUGGAUGGUGCGGGUGGGAAAGGGGUGAAACCGACGAAGGAAGAGGAGGAGCAGUUUGAGGGGGAUAUGGAGGAGUGGUUGGAGAAUGUGUUUGAUAAGAAGGAUUUGGGAGAGGUGAGGAGGAAGGUUGAGGAGGCGAAGGCGAGGGAUCGGGAGAAACGAGAGGGGAAGUGAUCAGUUGACUUGCCAUAUUACUACUGCAUUGGAGUUAGGGAGCAUCGGGAUGCAUGAAUUGGACGGGAAUUUACGGGAGAUAUUGGA